AUGGGGGAAGCACUUGCACAGAAAGAAUUGCCGGAGCCUGAGGCGGAUGUGAAGCCCCUUUUCCUGUCCCGAGCCGUGCUGACAGGACUGGCGGGUGCGGAAUGGACAGCGGAGCACGAUGCCGUCCUGGAACGCUUUGCUCGGGACCCUUCGGAACCCAUCGUCACCAUCUUCAUCGACCCCUGUGUGGGGCUGACGCUGGAGCUGGGCGUGCCUGUACAGAAGCCGGGGCCCACGGAAACCGGCCCCGCUCAGUUGGCGCACUCCUUUCUGGCGCACCCACUCUGGACGCCGAGAAUACCCAGGAGGCUGUGUUUCUACCUCCUGAUCUGCUGCUCACACAAGAGACGGGUAAAGCCGUCUGCCCACCUCAAUGAGGUCCUUGCAGCGCUGCACAAAGGCAUCCACCUGAGCGAAUAUGCUGGUCUGGUCCAGGACCCAGCCCCGGUAGUGGUCUUUCCAGGCCUGGCAGCACGAGAUGCCAUCAAGCGCACCUACGACAAGAAGGCGGUGGACCUGUACAUGCUGUUCAAUGGCGAGCUGGCCCUCGUGAACCGGGAGCUGAACAAGAAAUGGCCGUACCUGGAGCCCUACGUGGCCCAGUUCUCGGGACAGGCGCACUGGGUGCGGAUUCUGCGGCGGCGCAUCGACAGAGUCAUGAACUGUCUCUCUAGUGCCCACUUCCUGCCCCACAUCGGGACCGGAGAGGAGAGUGUGCACGCCUACCAGCAGAUGGUCCAGGCCAUCGAUGAAUUGGUUCGAAAGACUUUCCAAGACUGGACGUCAACACUGGACAAGGACUGUAUUCGGCGGCUGGACACACCGUUGUUACGGGUCAGCCAGGAGAAGGCGGGCAUGCUGGAUGUCAACUUUGACAAUGCAGCCCCCAGUAACCCCCUGGGCCGGCGAUCAGCAGGUUACAAAAAUCCUGUUUACAGGGUGAUCCUAUUUUGUGUGCGGUCCGAUGGUCAGAGUGGAGGCCUUGAAGUGGAAUUCUCACCCUCUCUGCAGACCCUGGCGGGCGUGGUCAACGACAUUGGCAGCCACCUCUUCUCCACCAUCUCGGUCUUCCGCCACCUCCCUGAAAUUCUCAUCAGGCGCAAGUUUCAGCGCGACCCCAUCCACGUCAUCGUGGAGCGAGACGAGGACAUCAGGAAGAUCCAGGCCCAGAUAAGCGGCGGCAUGGCCAGCAACGCGAGCCUGCUGCAGACCUACCUCAAGACCUGGGACUUGUACCGGGAGAUCUGGGAGAUCAACAAGGACUCUUUCAUCCGCCGCUACCAGCGCCUCAACCCCCCCGUGUCUUCCUUUGAUGCCGACAUCGCCCGCUACGCCGAGGUGGCUAACAACGUGCAGAAGGAGGAGACGGUCCUCAACAUCCAGUUUGUGCUGCUGGACUGCUCACAUCUCAAGUUCUCGCUGGUGCAGCACUGCAGCGAGUGGCAGGGCAAGUUCACGGCCCUGCUCAAGGAGAUGGCGGCCCGGCACCUCCUGGAGCUUCACGCCUACCUGAGGGAGAACACGGAGAAAAUCAGCCGCCCUCCCCAGACGCUGGAGGAACUGGGAGUCAGUCUGCAACUCCUGGAGACCCUGCAGCAUCACCUGCCCGGCAUGGAGGCCCAGAUCCCCCCCAUCCACGAGCAGUUUGCCAUCCUCGAGAAGUACGAGGUGCCCGUCCAGGACAGCGUCCUGGAGAUGCUGGACAGCCUCAACGGGGAGUGGGUCAUCUUCCAACAAACGCUGCUGGACAGUGAGCAGAUGCUAAAGAGACACAAGGAGAAGUUCAAAACGGGCCUCAUCCACUCGGCUGAUGAUUUCAAGAAGAAAGCCCACAAUCUUCUGGAAGACUUUGAAUCCAAAGGCCCCUUCACCAGUAAUGUGGGGCACCAGUCCGCCCUAGAGCAGAUUGCCCAAACGCGGGCCAUGCUGAAUGCCAUGCGGGAUGAAGAACAGAGUCUCCGCUCCAACCUGGGCAUCUUCAAGAUCGAACAGCCAGUCUCCAAGGACCUGCAGAACCUGGAGAAGGAACUAGACGCCCUGCAGCAAGUCUGGGAGAUCACGCGGGACUGGGAGGAGCACUGGAACCAGUGGAAGACGGGCCGGUUCCUGACCCUGAAGACAGAGGCCAUGGAGACCACGGCCCACGGGCUGUUCCGCCGCCUCACCAGACUAGCCAAAGAGUACAAGGACCGCAACUGGGAAGUGAUCGAAACCACUCGCUGGAAAAUAGAGCAGUUCAAGAGGACCAUGCCGCUCAUCUCGGACCUGCGAAAUCCGGCCCUUAGAGAGAGGCACUGGGACCAGGUCAGGGAAGAGGUCCAGAGGGAGUUCGAUCAGGAAUCUGAGAGCUUCACCCUGGAGCAGAUUGUGGAGCUCGGGAUGGACCAGCACGUGGAGAAAAUUGGGGAGAUCUCCGCCUCAGCGACCAAAGAGCUGGCUAUAGAGUCGGCCUUAGAGAACAUCGCCAAGACCUGGGAUGGGAUUCAGCUAGAUAUAGCUCCCUACAAGGACAAGGGUCAUCACCGGCUCAGAGGCACGGAGGAGGUGUUCCAGGCACUGGAGGACAACCAGGUGGCCCUGUCCAGCAUGAAGGCUUCCCGUUUCGUCAAGGCCUUUGAGAGGGAAGUGGACCACUGGGAGCGCUGCCUCUCCCUCAUUUUGGAGGCCGUCGAGAUGGUGCUCAUGGUGCAGAGGCAGUGGAUGUACCUGGAGCAUGUGGCCCUGGCUUCCACGCACAGCGGGCCCCCGCCCGGGCUCGGUCAAGACCAGAGGCCGUGGAGCUCGACAGACCUGGGUGGCCUCCUGGACACGCUGAUCAAAAUGAACACGAUUCUGGAAGACAUUCAGAAGUCUCUGGAUAUGUAUCUGGAGACCAAGCGCCAUAUUUUCCCCCGCUUCUACUUCCUGUCCAACGAUGACCUCCUGGAGAUUCUGGGCCAGUCCCGCAACCCGGAGGCCGUGCAGCCACACCUCAAAAAAUGCUUUGACAACAUCAAAUUGCUGAGAAUGCAGAAGGUUGGGGGCCCCAGCAGCAGAUGGGAGGCUGUGGGGAUGUUCUCGGGUGACGGCGAGUAUGUGGACUUCCUGCACUCAGUACUCUUAGAAGGGCCCGUGGAGUCCUGGCUUGGCGACGUGGAGCGGACCAUGAGGGUGACCCUGCGGGACCUUCUCCGGAACUGCCGUGUGGCCCUCAAGAAGUUUCUCAACAAGAGGGACAAGUGGGUGAAGGAGUGGGCUGGCCAGAUGGUGAUCACUGCCAGUCAGAUCCAGUGGACGGCUGAUGUCACCAAGUGCUUGCUGACGGCCAAGGAGCGGGGAGACAAGAAGAUCCUCAAGGUCAUGAAGAAGAAGCAGGUUUUGCUGCUCUCCAUGCGAGACAUGAACAUUGCCAAGCUGACCUCGGCCGACGCGCCGCUCUUCAACGCCAUUGUGCAAGAUCUGUUCCCCAGCACGGAGCUGCCCGUCAUUGACUACGGCAAGCUGCGGGAGACCAUCGAGCAGGAGACCCGCGAUAUGGGCCUGCAGGCCACGCCGUUCACGCUCACCAAGGUGAUCCAGCUGUACGAGACCAAGAACUCCCGCCACUCGGCCAUGAUCGUGGGCGGCACAGGCAGCGGCAAGACGGCCUCGUGGCGGAUCCUACAGUCCUCCCUGUCCUCCCUGUGCCGCGCCGGGGACCCCAACUUCAAUAUCGUUCGGGUGCGGAGUUGGGACAGCAAAGCCCCUGUACAAGGGGGCUCGCGCCUGCCUCUCUGGGGACACGAGUGGGAAGGGAGGUCUGGGGAGAAAGUCCUGGCUUCCUGACCGUCCUCCUCCUACCAAGACGAGAAGCCCGAUGAGAAGUGGAUCCUUUUCGACGGCCCCGUGGACACGCUGUGGAUCGAGAGCAUGAACUCUGUCAUGGACGAUAACAAAGUCCUGACCCUCAUCAAUGGGGAGCGUAUCGCGAUGCCCGAACAGGUGUCGCUGCUGUUCGAGGUGGAGAACUUGGCCGUGGCCUCUCCCGCCACUGUGUCUCGCUGCGGGAUGGUCUAUACUGACUACGCUGACCUGGGCUGGAAGCCGUAUGUUCAGUCCUGGCUGGAGAGGAGACCGAAGGCUGAGGCCGAGCCCCUUGAGCGCAUGUUCGAGAAGUUCAUCGACAAGAUGCUGACCUUCAAGAAGGAUUAUUGCAACGAGCUGGUGCCCCUCCCGGAAUACAGUGGGAUCAUCUCCCUCUGCAAGCUGUACUCGGCCCUGGCCACGCCAGAGAAUGGGGUGAACCCAGCCGACGGCGAAAACUACGUGACCAUGGUAGAGCUGACCUUCGUGUUCAGCAUGAUCUGGUCCGUGUGCGCCUCCGUGGACGAGGAGGGACGUGAGAAGAUCGACAGUUACCUCCGAGAGAUUGAGGGCUCCUUUCCCAAUAAGGACACGGUGUACGAGUACUUUGUGGACCCCAAGAUGCGAAGCUGGACGUCAUUUGAGGAAAAGCUCCCUAAGACUUGGCGUUACCCCCCAAAUUCCCCCUUCUACAAGAUCAUGGUGCCCACGGUCGACACUGUUCGCUACAACUACCUGGUGAGCGCCUUGGUGGCCAACCAGAAUCCCACCCUGCUGGUGGGUCCCGUGGGGACCGGAAAGACGUCCAUCGCCCAGAGCGUCCUGCAGUCCUUGCCUUCCAGCCAGUGGUCUGUGCUCACCGUCAACAUGUCUGCACAGACCACGUCCAAUAACGUGCAGAGCAUCAUCGAGAGCAGGGUGGAGAAGCGAACCAAGGGGGUCUAUGUGCCGCUUGGGGGCAAAAGCAUGGUCACCUUUAUGGAUGACCUAAACAUGCCGGCGAAGGACGCGUUUGGGUCCCAGCCCCCCCUGGAGCUGAUCCGUCUCUGGCUUGACUACGGCUUCUGGUACGAUCGCACGAAGCAGACCAUCAAGUACAUCCGAGACAUGUUCCUGAUGGCUGCCAUGGGCCCUCCCGGGGGCGGACGGACCAUCAUCUCCCCCAGACUGCAAAGCCGCUUCAACGUCAUCAACAUGACCUUCCCCACAGAGCUGGAGGCUGCCUCUCUGGAGGGGACUGACCUCUUCUCGAAACCCGUCACCAGGAACUGGAUCCGCCAGUACCCGGCCCUGGUGAACUGCACCACCAUCAACUGGUUCUCCGAGUGGCCCCACGAGGCCCUGCUGGAGGUGGCCGAGAAGUACCUCCAAGGAGUGGACCUGGGCACAGAGGAGAAUAUCCACAGGAAGGUGGCCAAGAUCUUUGUCACCAUGCACUGGUCCGUGGGGCGGUACUCCCAGAAGAUGUUGCUGGAGCUGCGGAGAUACAACUAUGUCACACCCACCAACUACCUGGAGCUCGUGUCGGGAUAUAAGAAGUUGCUGGGAGAGAAGCGGCAGGAGCUGCUGGGCCAGGCCAACAAGCUGCGGACGGGAUUGUUUAAGAUUGACGAGACCAGGGAGAAGGUGGAGGUGAUGUCCCUGGAGCUGGAGGAGGCCAAGAAGAAGGUGGCCGAGUUCCAGAAGCAGUGUGAGGAGUACCUGGUCAUCAUUGUGCAGCAGAAGCGGGAAGCAGAUGAGCAGCAGAAGGUGGCCGAGAAGCUAGAGAUGCUGAAGAAGCAGUACGACGAGAAGCUGGCCCAGAAGGAGGAGCUCCGCAAGAAGUCCGAGGACAUGGAAACGAAGCUGGAGCGGGCGGGCUUGCUGGUGUCAGGGCUGGCCAGCGAGAAGGCGCGCUGGGAGGAGACGGUCAAGGGCCUGGAGGAGGAUCUGGGCUACCUGGUAGGUGACUGUCUCCUGGCCGCCGCCUUCCUGUCCUACAUGGGCCCCUUCCUGACCAACUACCGGGAUGAGAUCGUCACCCAGAUAUGGAUCAGGAAGAUCUGGGAGCUGGAGGUGCCGUGCUCACCGCGCUUCACCUUCGAUAACUUCCUGUCCGAUCCUACCAAAGUUCGAGACUGGAACAUCCAAGGGUUGCCCUCGGAUGCCUUUUCCACAGAGAAUGGCAUCAUCGUCACCCGAGGCAACAGGUGGGCACUGAUGAUUGACCCUCAGGCCCAGGCCCUGAAGUGGAUCAAGAACAUGGAAGGAAACCAGGGCCUCCAGAUUAUCGACCUGCAGAUGAGCAAUUACCUUCAAAUUCUAGAAAAGGCCAUCCAGUUUGGAUACCCAGUGCUGCUCCAGAACGUUCAGGAGUAUCUGGACCCCACACUUAACCCUGUGCUCAACAAAUCUGUAGCUCGAAUCGGCGGCCGGCUGCUGAUGCGCAUUGCAGACAAGGAGGUGGAGUACAACAGCAACUUCCGUUUCUACAUCACCACCAAGCUCUCCAACCCCCACUACAGCCCUGAGACCUCGGCCAAGACCACUUGCACGGAUAGGUCCUCAUGUUUUCUGGUAUUCCCAAAUCGAGCCGGCCUGCCCGCCGUCGAGAACAUCAUGGCUGAGAGGAUCAAAAGCGGGGGGGACAAGGAGGCAGAGCUCCCAGUCAAGGGCUGCACUGCAGCCCUCACUGACCUCUUCGGCCAGUGCCCUCGUGCAGGCCUAAAGGCCAACAUGACGCGCCUCUACCAGCUGAUGACGGAAUCGCAGUUUUCCCGCUGCUCCAAACCUGCCAAGUAUAAGAAGCUUCUGUUUGCCCUCUGCUUCUUCCAUUCCGUGUUGCUGGAGCGCAGAAAGUUCCUGCAGCUCGGCUGGAACAUCGUCUACGGCUUCAAUGACUCUGACUUUGAGGUGUCGGAGAACUUGCUGAGUCUCUACCUGGAGGAGUACCAGGACACACCCUGGGAUGCCCUCAAGUACCUCAUCGCCGGCGUCAACUACGGCGGGCACGUCACCGAUGACUGGGACCGGCGGCUGCUCACCACCUACAUCAACGACUAUUUCUGUGACCAGACUCUCUCAACCCCCUUCUACCGGUGA